CUGACAAAAAGGGAAGGUAAGUAUAGACAACUAUACAAAUGCUUGUAUAUUAAGUUAAUCCAAACAAGAAAGCACAAAAAAACACAACAACGCGAGGACGUGGAACAAAUAUAGUAUUAUUGGAUGCUCAGCAAGGAAGGAAAGAAGGAGGGUUUAACGUUUCGAGCGGAGCUCUUCGUAGGAAACAUAGGAGAAGGAAAGAUCCAGAGAAGGGAAGACAGGAAAAAAAAAAAAUCGACAACGGUACACACACGGUCACAUUUUGAAUGCUUGUAUAUUAACAUGAUAACUGUUUAGUUGGUUUCAUGGGACAUAAGAAGGCUCAAAGACACGUCAGAAAUGUCCCAGUUUCAAUAAUUAAGGAGGUGUGGCAUAAAAUGAAAUUGAAUCUACUACUUCUAGUCUGCCUUAUUUUCAAACAAACAGAAAAUAGUCUAAUUGAUACCAAAACUAUAAGGAUAAGCCCUGCAAAGAGGAUACUUAAAGAAGUCAAAGCUGUCCAAGCAAUAAAAUGUAUUAACAGUGACACUGGUUCAGAACAGAAUGGCACCAAUGAGUUUUUUUACCAUAUCUUAUGCAAAAAAUCAAAAUCCAUUACAGUAAAGUUCAAAACAGCAAAGACCACUGGAAACUCAACAGAAAUAUCAAGAGACUGCAAACAAACGAUCUCGAAGUUUAAUGCAACUGUCUUGAGAGGGCAUACAGUUGAGGUGCUUUUCUCAAGUGAGGAGCAAACUAGUUAUAAAAUCAGCUGCAUAAAUGAGAAAGACAACACAGAGGCAUACACUCGUGUUGAGUUUGGAUAUUCGCCAAGUAUAGCAUCUGUCCAUAUAGAGAGAAAUGUCUCUGACUAUAUAAGUAUAUAUGUUACUCCUCAUACCCACGGUAAAAAUGAACGUUUGGAAUCCUGGAUUAUUUCAUGUCAGUGUUCUACAAUGAUGAAAUAUAAGUGGAACCCUUGCAACAUGAUAAGAAAUGAUGAAACUUCAGCCAAGAUUUACUGUAAUGCUAAGCAUUUCUACUCUUUCAACAUAACAGGAUUUGGACUGUUUGGUAAAUACUCCAAACUGUACAAUUACUCAAUCACCAAAAUACCAGUAAGACUUCCACCUUUUGAAAAUAUAAGGAAAACGGUUUCCGAACAUUCAAUUCAUUUAAGCCUCAAUCUUUUGAGUAUAGUAGAGGUUCACGGUCUAAUGAAGGAAUACCAAGUUAUGUAUAGGUCUGAAAGAGAUCCUAAAGAAAUCUGGAAGACUAAAAGAUCGCGCUCUAACAACAUAACAUUAAAUAAUUUGCACCCAUUUACGAAGUACUCUGUCUUAGCCUCUGUGAGAGAAAGGCAUAGCACAAUUUGGAACAAAAAUAUGACAUUGAGAUUAAAGACCAAGUCUGCAGCUCCAUCUUCACCACCAUCAACAACAGAUGGCAAUUAUUUUGAUAUGAAGUGUUCUAAUACCAGCAGAAGGUGUCUCAGUGUGUUCUGGCAGAGUUUACCUGUGGAAUUCAGGAAUGAUAUUCUAACAGGAUACUGUGUCCAAUACAUUGAUGGAAGUUCAACUAAUAACACUAAACAAUGCCUGGAUUCAAACAAUUUAAUAGUUGACUCUUUAUAUAAAGAGUUUCAAGAUCUUCCAAGGAACGAAGCACUUACAUUUUCCAUUGUGGCAGUAACCGAAAGUAAAAGAAUGUCGCAACCUGCAUUUAUACAAGUGAAAAACACAGCCCCAAGGAAGCCUACAGCAGUUUAUGUGAUGAGAAUAAGUACUGAAAUAUACAACGUAACUUGGACUAUUGAACAACCUCAGGAAAGUGUUAAUGUAACUGUGUUUUGGUGCCAGAAUAAGAUAAUUGCCUCUUCCGAAAUAGAAUGCAAAGACCAUGUCAAAUGGAAAACACUUGUGAAUGAAAGUUAUCUGUUGGUAAAUUACAGAGCAGAACAAAGUCCUGUUUUUGCUGCAUACGUUAGCACAGAAAACGGAAGCAGUUCUUUAAUGAACGCUGAAUGUAUAUUUACACCUGGAAAACCCAAGAAACCUCAGACACCUGGUAUCAGUUGGUCAGAAACUAAGUUUUCUCUUACAUGGCCUACUCUGCAAUGUUCUGACUUGAAUGGUAUACCCAUUGCUUAUGUGCUGCAUUAUGCAGGGGGUAAGAGUUGUGAAAAUGGUACGAAGAAAGAAUUUCCAGUGAUUGGAAUAAAAGCAGCUGAAAAUGAUGUUGUCAUCAAUGGCCUAUCAACAAGCACAGAAUAUACAGUAUGUAUACAAGUGAAGACAAAGGCUGGACUAAGUGUAAUGAGUGACCCCACAAUAGGAAUGACUAAAGACACAGAAUUUGUAAAUCUGGUUGCAAUAAUUGUACCUGUAUUACUGGCUGUAAUACUGGCAAUAUUUCUAUGCCUGAAACAAUAUUAUUCCAGAUACAACAAAUAUAAGAAGCAAAUUAGUAUUGAAUACGCGAAAGUGGAUCCUAGAAUUAAUUCUGCUGAGUACCAUUAUCCUGAUACAAUUGGAGGAGAAAAUAGCAACCAUGCGCCAUAUUCUGGAAUUGUCUGUGAAACUCUAGUGGUCAAUACUCCGCCAGAAAAUGACACAUCAACAGGCUAUGAUUCUCUGGAAUCUUUAUCUGACAAGAGUUUACUAACUGAUGUAGCAAACCAUAUUCCAAGCUAUGUUCAAGUUAAUGAGUUACCAGACAAUGCAAAAAAUUAUACUCAUGAAUUAUCUGCUUUAAGUGAGCGUCGAACAAACCCAGUUCCCACAUGUGUGAAUGGUAACAUGAAGGGAAAUGUCUCUAGUAGAACAGAUUACGCUGAUGAACCACCAGAUAGUUCUUUCAUUGAAGUUCAAUCUACAUCAGUUUCCACAUGUGUGAAUGGUAACAUGGAGGAAAAUGUCUCCAGUAGCCCAGAUUAUGUUGAUGAACCAAAUGAUUUUAAGAAACUUGUAUCGAAUCCUAUUCCUCCAUGUGAAAAUACAAACAGUAAUGGGAGUAUCACAGAUUAUAUAACCUCUGAACCAGAUUACAUUUCGGAAAUUCCCGAAGAAAGCACUAACUCUUAUAAAAGUAAACCUUUGAAGGGACAGAUUUUACAAACUGAAAAUAAAGAAAGUAAUCAUAUAGAUACUUCAAAGUUCAAUGGUAGAACAGUCGAAGAUAAUGUAAAAGUGAAUUGUAAUGAUGGUUAUGUACCACAUGAACACGUUGUAGAGGCUAUGGACUCCUCAUUAGAUGAGGUUCAAGACAAAAAUAUUCAAAACGAAAGACAAGGAUUAUCUCAAAAUCCAACAAGUUCUUGUAAUCUUGUAAAUGCUAAUGUUCAUAAACCAUCAGAUUCUUUGCAAAGACUAGAUAAAAAAAUGGAUAAAUUACAACAAAAAGACACACAACAAAAACCUGAUGCAAUAGAUUAUGUCAAAACAGAACUUUACUUAUAAUUAACUUAAUGAGGUUUAAAAGAAAAAUUCAUUGAAAUGUGAGAUUUUUUUAUGCGAUUACCAAAAAAUUAUAUUUUUUAGCACAUGACUAAAGAACACAGUUCUUUAUUCAUGUGUUAAAAACACGCAUAUUCCAAGUGUCAAGUCAGCUAGCAUUUAUUUAUCAAUUUAUCAAAUGUUACCAGGAAUGUUCCAGAGAUAACCAUCCUGCUUUUUAUGGGGUCAGGAAAUUUUUUUUUGUUUUCAAAUUUUUCUACCAUAACAUAGAAAGUGUUUCACCUGA